CCAAGCGGCGCCAAGACCGAAGCCGGAUGCGCUAUGCGCAGGGACGCGAGCAGAAACGAGAGCGCAAGCUCUGCUGGCGUGAACCGGCGAAGGCGCGAAAGCCCGAAAGCCGUCGAAACCUGCCAUGCCCAGUAAGCCACACAGCCGAGCGCUGUUCGUCAAGGCGGAUGGCGGCCCCAUGUACUUUUCAAUGGUGCCCUGCUCGGAGCGAAAGGAGAUACGCGAGCUCAUAGAAAAUGGAGGCGGAGUUCUUUUGCAGCCGGAUAAAAAUCCCGACGCCGUCCGCUUGGUUCCCACUUACAUUUCAACGACGGAAGGGCCCGAUGACGCGUUCUCUGCCACUUACAUACGUGCCUGCUGUUCCAGCAACAAGCUCUUUCCUCUCAAAGAAUUCAAAAUUCCGAGAGCGCCAGCUGCAGAGACAGUCGACGACGGAGACGUCAAGGAGCGAAAACUGCUCUCCGUUCGCUCAAGACGCGAGUACACUCUCGGCGAACAAAUUGCGAUAGCGAAGUUCGUAGCGAAUAAGCGCGGUGUCUGUGUCCAUGGCAACGAGGUAUACAAGGAAAUGGCUGCCGCUUGUGUGGUGCCUGGCGCACACUCGUGGCAGUCCCUGAAGCAGCAUUACCUCAAGAAAAUACUCCCGUGGAAACACCUGUACGAGUCACCUGACGCGAGUAAACUCAUCACCAAGAGACACGCCCGUGAGGCACAAGAAUCGCGUGACGCUUCGCCGAGCGACGCUUCAGAGGCUGAAUCAGUUAUCGUCGAAGACAGCAGCAGCGAUGACGAACAGUUGCCCAAGCCACGGUCGACUACUGCCGGUGGAGUCGAAGACGACUGGAAUACAGAAACUGAAGUUGUUGCGGAAACAGAAAGCCAAGGUGCAUCGUCUUAUUCGCAGGGCCGCGACACACCAGCCGUGAGACAACGUUCCACUGGAAGGGGCAAAAUGAAACGCAGGAAGCUAUUGCUGUCUACUGCACUUUUUUCGAGCACUCACAAGGGAAGCUCGGAUGAAAGCUCCCCUAGACACAAAAUGAAUAUCCCGGCUCCGGGGAAGAACAGCCACGACGACAGCAUUGCAGCUGCUAGCGAAAACACUGAAGUUGUUCCCGAGAAGUCUGUGAUGCCUACACCUCCAAGUGUACAGAGCAAGACGUUUCCUGGCAAGACUUCUAGUAUCCAAACACAACCUGAGCCUGGUAAGCGAAAUGAUGGUGUGGAAAGAACAGAUUCAAAAACUGCUGCAGUACUGGAGACCACUUCUAGCAAGAAACGGGUGCUGCGAUCACCACGAAAGAAGUCCAAGAAUGCAAAGCAGCAGGAGACACCUGCUGAUCAUCGCAGUGCACAUUCAGAGUGUGAGAGUACUUACGCUCAUAGUCUACCCCACAGCGAUCUCUCUGAGGGUCUGUGCGUCUCGGACAGUGUCGGCAUGCAACAAACCACCCAGUCAUCGCCACAAAAGAAAGUUGGCACCCCAACUUCCCAGAAGCAUCCUAGCGACCGUCUUAGCCCAUCACUGCUUUCCCAUAGUCCUGACUGCACUGCCUCGGGAGUGCUUGAAGAGCAGAUGUCCCGUGCCAGCAAGCUUAGGUCCUUUCGGUUGCCCACAAGAAAGCGAGGAAGUGCUGAAUCCCAAGCAAACCUUGGCACUAGUUUGAGCACACAGUCUACAUUUCAAUCAACGUACAAUGACGCUGCAGCAGUGGACAAAUCUCCUGGCGUAGAAGCUUCUAGUGGGAAAAGGCCCUCGCGAUCGUCCCGAAGCAAACGGCAGAACACAACACGGCAGAGUGAUGUUGACGGCCAUUUGGACGAGCUGCCGCACUCGAAGUCACCUGAUGGCAUCGCAACAACAAAGGCCUUACUUUCUUCACCCGAGUCUGUCUACAACACAGCAGAAAGCGAGGGCACACCCCAUGGCACUAAGCGCAUAGGGAAAGAUGGCAAAAAGGUACUCUCAGCACAAAGACAGCAAGCAGAGCCACAUUCAACAGCCAUGAAAACACGCAGGAAAGCAUUGCGAGUGCCUGCACUACGUAGGAGUGGUAAAACUUCACCACCUUCUAGUGAUAACGAACGCUUGAGCAGCACUCGAGCUGCAGGUUGUAAAAAGGUACCGGCGUCGAAGCGAGGCAUUGCCAGCAGGACAUUGGGUUUUGACAGUGCUGAUGAUGCCCUGCUUGCGAGGAUUGCAGAGCAAGCGUCUGCGCUUCGUGUUUCAGCUGAGGGCAGCUCUGAAGAGCAAGAUGAUGCAACCACAAUUACGCUGUCAAGCAGCAGCCACUCCGAUGAGGACUCCACUUCGGAUGACGAAGUAGAAAAUGUGCAACGGGAGCUCUUCAGUCUCCUCGGUGCUCUGAGAGAAGCGAAGAGCCGGCCGCCACACACCACGUGCCCGCCGAAGUGUACAUGUCCUCUCACGAGCUGGUACGCCCAGUCCACACGGGCAGCCGUAUCGCUCAGCGCCUUUCUGGCCUUCCACGACGCACCGCUUCCGGACCAGCAAGGAGGGGUCACCGACCCCGUCGUGGCCAUGACACUGGAAUGCAUGCUGCGCCACCUCGAACAGGGUGCCAACGAAGACGACGGCAGUGGUUUGCGGUGAACGACGCUUUUCCAAAGCCCGCACUCUAUCGCUGCCCCAGUGAAAAGACACGAUUGUGUGAAGCGAUGUUCUGAAAUUUGUACUGGUGACUCUGAUGACAGUGCUCCACUAAAUGCACCAUGUGCAGUGUCGUGAACCUGUCACCAUUGGAAAAAAAAAGUGACUUAGCCUUUUAAUCGGUGGCCUUCUUUCUUGUAUUGAAGUUGUUUUAGUUUAAGUUAUUAUUUUAACCUUUUAUUAAUGCAUGAACUUCUUUCUUGCAAUAAAAUUUGCCGAGCCCUUCAUCUUGGUCAAAAAUGUAAACCUCGGUUUUCCAAAAAGUGCCGGUGCGUCAAUGUGACGUCGCAGAUUUCAAACUAUCUUUCCCGAUUUGGGCCCCAUUGGCUCAGUAAAAGUGUGCGAAACUUGCCAGGUGCAAUCUUUACCUCCUUUAGAAUGCAAUGUAUAGUCAAUUUUUACCAAUAAGCAAUUAACCAGACUUUAACAGAUGCCGUCAAAAUCUGUGACAUAACGGCAAACUACUGCAUGAUCUUCAAGGCAGCAUCGACACCCAUUUUUUGUUCUUGGGGCUGUUCUGGCUUACCAAGCCACCUCUUGCAGUGUGUGAGUGGCUAUUUUUUAUUUUUUUUGAUACAGGUGACAUUUUUUCUCCUGAGUGUUCCUUUAAGUUACCCAAACGUGUGGCUCUUAGUUUUGUAGAGGUCGCUACUUGUGAGCCUUGUAUGCAGCAGCAAUAAGGGAGCACCACGGUAGGCCGGGUCUCAAUACGUAAGAGCCUGGAGAGAGGAAACAAACAUUAUUUGAUUUUUGUGCGCUAGUUGUUGACCUCGUCCCUCUGUUUUCGGACCGAACAUGGUGUGAGAAGUGGGACUAGAGCCCGUGCCCACAUAUGUGGACCAGAACUUGAGUCAUGAGUCAGAACUUGAGACCAGAACAAGUUUACGACAAUCUUAACUGGAACACUGUGGCAUUCCUUAGCAGACUUUUGGGGCAGAUGUCUCGAAAAUUCUGCGUCUUCAGAUUUUUACUAAGCUGGCAUGGCUUCACUUCGCCUUAGUUACAGUUUCGCAGUUACGUGUGCCUUAAGUGAACAAUUGAAAGUUAAAUUGUGCCAAUUUAACUUUUCAAUUGCUCACUUAUUAGCGCGUAAAUUCUACCUAAUUACCUAAAGUGGCACACUUUAGGUAAUUCGGAAAGUUAUCGUUUAGAAUAUUCUUGCUACUAAUGUCUGCGUAGCAUUGUUGUUUUUAUGCAAAAAAAUUAAAAGGCAGGAGCCUCGGCUUCAGCUAGUGCAAGUGUUUGACGUCGUCCUUGAUUGACAUUACCCUGUAAGGACGAGACGCGAAAAUGCCCGAAGGAAAUGUUCAUUUUUCAUUGAAAUGUGCGAAAUACACCUAGAAUAAUGGUACCCAACGAAAAGAAAAAUUAUUUUGUGGAAACUUUUCCAGUAAUAGGUUUGUUGCCUGUGGGUAACAGCAGGCAAAACACUAGAAGCGAGCUUCACCCCAAGCCACAUAUGGCUUUGAGAGCAAUAUGCACUAGCAGUCCGCGUUAGCUGGGAAACAGGUGUACAUUGCAUUUCCUUUAUAUUAACUGUGUGAUAGUAUACCACUGCACCUGGGGAUUUCGCAUCAAUCUUUCUCCUGUGAUUGUGCGCUCAAAAGAAAGUGAGACGCACGCCAUACUUCUUCCUUGUCCUCUGUUCCUGCUCUGAUCGAACAAGCGACGCUUCCUGCUAUCAUUCAAUGUUGUCUGAAGACGUUUGACCAGAAUCUCUGUUCUGAAUGCAGAUACUAGGCAAGAAAGAAAAAGAAAUUGCAAUGCGAUUCAACCUUUAGCUGAAGUCUAUGAAAGACAAUGUCUUCCUGGGCCAGUUGGGGAUGGGAAUGGGACGUAUGAACCGUAUAAGUUAUUGUGACAGCCAAGCUGGAGUGACAUUUGAUUAAUGUCAACUGGAGGUUGAAUCCCCUCCCAACUUUUUGUCAUUAGUUAUCAUCAGUGCCAUCGCAAUCAUCAUAAGCAUCAUCAUCAUCAUUAAUCAGCGUGACUCAGAAUAAAUCGUGGUUCAUCUACAUCAUCAUUAGUUUUGUCACAUUUUUAGUGGUGUAGCCAGGGGUGGCACACAGGGCACGUGCCCCGGCAAAAAAAAAAAAAAAAUUGCCACACACACUUAUGACUGCUUACAUGUUGGAAUGCGAAAGCCUUUUUGUGAAAUGUUUUCGAUUGAUGUUUUUGACAUGCAUUAAAGUUGUUUCUGUUGAUUCUGUGUUUGCGUAUACGCAGGCCACAGCUUUGUGAGCAAGCAUGUCAGACAUCAGUUAAAGAAAUUGAGCGAUACGCCGUACGUGACAAUACAGAUCAGUUCAGUGGAGCAGGUCGCAAUGCGUGGGGAAGUUUGCAAACUAUUGAGCUCGUCUGAUAAAUUAGGUGUGCCAAAAAUUUAUUCGCUGAAAGCAUUAGUGCCGUCCGUUUUCCUCAUGCAUUUUAGGCAGCCGGCGGCACUGCAGGAAAGGCACAGCUUGCCUAUAAAAUAAAGCCAUUAAACCCAAAUAUACCAGCACAUUUCACAAGGACCACAGACGGUGUUGUAUUCAAAUUGAUUCGAUUUUUAUUCACUUUCUCUUUGCCACUGAUUGUUGACGUAACAAUAAACUUAUACUCGGAA